AUGUAUAUGGACUUAGCUACUAAGAGUCUAGAAAAUGAAAUGAACAUUUUAGAAAAUACGAGAUUACCUUCUCUUAUGCGUACAAGUGACCUUCCCGUCAAAUUCCCCAAGUCCAUCACUAUUACAACCAGUACCCCUGUUGAUAAACCGCAACAAUCUGUCAACUGGUGUGGAUGGGAGAAAUUUUCAUGCAUGUAUUGCUCGCAGUCUUUUUAUUGGAAGUGGGCAUUGCAGCGUCAUCUGCGUGAAUCGCACAACGUGGGACCAGCACAGAUGGGGGCAGAAUUGGAAAUAGCAGAAGCAUACAGAGUAUCUUCUGUGAAGAGAGGUCGUAAACCUGGUAGCCGAUUAUGCGCCAUAUGCAAGAAAGUAUUUUGCAACAGCUCCGAAUUGACAAGUCAUAUGGCUUCCCAUUGUCAAGCAGGAGAAGUUCCACCGCCCUCAUCGCCAGUUUCAAAACCAUCCGAAGAAUUGGAUGGCACAGAUUUAUUCGCUUCAUCUGGAGUUCCCGAAACAAAUAAUCAGUCUUUGGAUUUGAGUGCCAUUUCACCACCUCAUAAUUGUGCCGCUUGUAAUGUUGAAAUUACUAGCUUGGCAGAUUUUCAUUCUCAUUUAACUUCAAACCCCAUGUGUAGAGUGCGACAGUUUGAUUGUCAUCUUUGUCCUAAAUCUUUUAUCUGGCCAGUCACUUUAGCCAAACAUUUAAAGGAACAUACCAUCAGCGAACCUUCCACAACUCAAAAAAUUUGGUUUUUUUGUGAUAUAUGCAGAAAGGCAUUAUUAAGUCGCAAAGCAGUAUUAUUGCAUAAGAAGAAAUUCCAUCCUGAACAAUUUACUCAUCAAUAUGAACCAGCUAUGAUGGCCGAAGAAGAUUCAUCUGAAUUAG